AUUCCUUUUGUAGACCUGCAGGAAUUUCUAAGAAGUGUGACAAAAAAUGCUGGAAAAUACCUUGAAGUACGCGUAGGACCACACGCAACGCAUGGCGUCAAGUAGGGCAAUAAAAAUAGUAUUCGUAUGCAGUCGAUUGGUUUGCGAUCGGGUGUUUUCCAGUUCCGGUAGCCGCGACAAAACAUCUGAUCUUUGGUGAGCUGCUGCGGCCGGGGCAGGUAGAACAGGUAGAACAGGAGGUAAGGCAACAACAUGUUCUGCGGCAAUUAACCGCCACAGGUCAUAAAAUAUGCAAAGCACUCGGCCCAAACAACGAUUAGUUAGGUAAUAAAGAUGCGCUAAUCCGUCUGUUUACAAGACCCAAUGCGCGUACCUGAUCGAGGGAGGGGCUGCUCCGGCUGUUCCCAUCCUGCGCAUAUAAACAGGAUAUCAAGCGAUCAGCAGCAGCAUUCAGACACUCGACGUCAAAGCAUCAACAACAGAUUGCCGAAAGUGAAAAGGAGAGAAAUAAUGGAAAAGCCAAACAAUUCGAGCAACUAUUUGCACAAGAAGUUUGCGGCCCACAAGCGCAAACGAGAUGUGGACCAGAUUUUGGAGCAGAACAAGGAGAACAUUACACUGGAGGCGCCGCCCUGCAAACGUCGCCAGGUGAAGGGCUUCUUCCGCCCCUGGCUGGACAACGAGCAGAACAUCGACGCAGCCUCCACUACUCAGACAGCUACCGGCGCCGCUCAGCAGAAGCCCAGCGCUCCAGCAGCUCUGGCCGGCACAUAUCACGCCAACAUGGUGCGCCGCUGCCAGACAGCACGGCAGCGCAGUCCCAAGGAGCAGCAGCGCCGCGACCGCAACACCUUGGCCUGUCUGCUGAGUCGGCGGGCCAAACAGGCGCAGGAUGCGCACUUGUCGCAGCAAUACGAACAAUAUCGUGCGCAGCAGGUCGCCAUAAUGGAGCAACAGGUCCGCUUCGGGCUCUACUAUCGCCAGCUGCUGCAGCAGGCGAUCUACCAGAAGGGCGUCACAGCCUCGGGCAUCCAGCUGCCGCAGCAACAACAGCAGUUCCUACAGCAAAUGGCGCUAUCGCAACAACUCCUGAUCUUUGGAUCCCAGCAGUGA